CAAGUCAGUUGCUGCGCUAGCUAGUGAUUUGAUGUUCUUUAUCUUUACUACUGAGUCUUGAUCUUGUGUGUGAGCGUCUGUCGUCUAGUGAGGGAGACGAGGGAGAGUGUCGGUCUCCUUCUGCUUUAUGUUACAGUGACGACGACCGGGGCGAUCGGGAUUUUUACGAGUGAAAAGAAACCGGAGAGAGUGUCCUGUUCACGAGAUUUCUCAAACACCGAAAUCAUGUACGUGCUUCUGCAAUAAAGAUUUAUCGGAAAAUAAUGCCAGUCACAGUCUUCUUUGUUGACAUUCCCCUGGAUUUUGAGCCUUCCCCUGUUGCUUUCUCACCAGAAUGACUUGCGGAAGUCUACUACUACUUAAAACUUACCACCUAGGCCGUCGUGUACAAAGUAGAGAGCAAGUAAGCUCCUGUAAACAUUGAAGUAGCUAGGGGGGCAGGGGACCUCCGCUUGAUGUUGCGCUCGAUCUUCAUGAAUCGUUUUUAGUGUAACUAAGCAAAACUACACCUACUCUACUCAAGUUAUAUUAAUUUUUUUAAAGAGUGUUUUGCUUUUACUUUUAGUCAGUCUUUCUUUCCUACUAACUGUUUUAUCUUGCUGAUAAAUUUUUGAUAUUGAUCGCGUGUUUCAAAAAUGAGUUCUCUUCGGACGGGCUGCAGGAGUGUGAAGAUGAUGAAGACUGUGGCUCGGAGACGGCUGGUCAAUGUCGGCCCGCUCCAGAUGCUGGAUCGGUGCGCUGAGAAGAACCCGAGGGAACAGCGAUUACAGUAUCAGUUGAGUAGGGGAAGCUCAUCGUCCUCUUCGUCUUCAUCGAGUAGAAGCUACUCUUCAACACCUGGAACUACGAGAACUACUUACAGUUUUUCCAAUUGCGGGAGAUUUUUUUCAUCAUCAAGCCUGGGUGCGGCGGGGGAACAGUUUAAUCUGUUCACUCCCUCACCAGAACACGAACAACUGCGACAAUUAGUUCGAGAGUUCGCAAAGACUCACGUGGAGCCACAGGCUCUAGAGUCGGAUCGUGCGGAAAAAUUCAACCACGACCUUUUCAAGCGGCUGGGCUCGGAACUCGGCUUACUGGGACCCAUGGUCUCCGAGGAAUAUGUUAAGGUUGGUUCAUGAAAACACUUUGAAUUAAUUUGAGAACAAGAUAGAUGAACAUCCAGCAGUCGCUAAAAACUAUUCCCCACUUUCUUCAAGAAGUUUUUUUUUAUGAAGCGACAGCCAGGGGUUUCAUUCCUAGUGGGGAAACGGUAAGAACUCCUAGGUGUGUAAGGGGAAUGAGGUUUCCUAAAGCCGCACCAGGAAUAUCGAUUUUUUUUAUCCCACUAUGCCUAUGUCUGUCGUGAAUGUCCACCUUGUCCAACAAGGGUCGUAGCUCUAAAAACGGCGGGGCGAACUUUGACGCGACUGCAGCAUGCAUUAUCCAUGAGGAGCUUUCGUAUUCGGAUCCCGGAUUUUGCUUGGCCUAUCUUGCGCACUCGUUGCUCUUCGUUCACAAUCUAUUUCAUAACGGAAACGCUGCACAAAAAGCCAGGUACCUGCCGAAGACGGUUAGCGGGGAAUGGAUUGGGGGGAUGGGUACUAAUAAGUUCAGCAGAAGUUGUACUAGUUUGUAGUAGUUGCAUGUGGUGUAUUUUACUGUACCUCCUCUUGAACAGUACUAGCUCAGUCGUUUUCCAUGAACAAAAAGAGACUGCUCCUAAAGAUCAAGCACAUUCAAUUUUUCAUACUUCGAUCAGGAAUUCCAUGAUGGACACACAAAACAAUCGAGAAGAAUCGACUUGUUCUUUUUACGAGCCACGUGGUUCCAAAACAGGUAUGUCCGAGCCUGGCGCGGGGACGGAUGUUCUGGGCCUUAAGACUCGAGCUGUUGACAAUGGGGACCAUUUUGCGUUGAGCGGAAACAAGAUGUGGAUUACAAAUGGUUGCCUCUCUUAAGGCUGUAGGUGAUGUUGUUGUAGCACGACGUCGUGUACGUAUUAUUGGUUGUUGAGGAUAGGAGCUUUUGUUGUCAAUGCAUUUGCAUGAUCAUGAUCAUCUGCUGCAUCUUGAUGCUCUGGCAUGUAUUCCAUCGUCUUCUCGACAUCUCGUUAACUCUAUAAUUUUCCUAGUUCAUGUCCAUCAUCCUCUAAGGUUCAGACUCAGAGCUUGGAGACGUGUACUUGGUCUACGCCAAUACCGGUGACUCGAGCACUAGCGCGAAGGAAAACCGGAAAAAUAUUUCGUUAUUUCUCGUGGAAAAAAGCUUCCCGGGAUUUUCCUUAGGACAGAAGAUUAAGGACAAGUGCGGGAUGCGAGCCAGCAAUACAGCAGAGCUCGUUUUCGACAACUGCAAAGUGCCGAAAGAGAAUCUUGUUAUGAAAGAUUAAGUCUAAGUUUGAAAGCGAAGUGGUACAGCUGCUUUUGCUUUUCCAAAGACUAAAUCCGAUGAAAUGACUUUUUAUUUUCCAAACCCAAGAAAGUGACUCACUUUGUCCUUCCUUCCACCACAUUAUCAUCUUUACCUGGUUCGUGAACAAGUACAACGACCUCUAAUGCUUUGGGAGGACUAAACCAGGGAACGGUUCCGAUGAUGCGAAAUCUUGAGAUAGAGCGCAUCGUUUUAGCUGCGAUGAGUUGUGGUAUUGCUCGACGCGCCAUAGUUAAGACUUGUUGAUAUUCUAUCCCAAGCCCCAUGGUCAGAUUAAGGGAUGAUAACCAAUAUGAAUAUCUCCAUCUUCUCGCACACUGCCAAUAGGAAUAGUUCUUCUUUUUAGUGCAGCUAAAGCCUACCCACAGUCAUAAAUUUGUUGGUCUUGUUGUACUAGUUGAUGUUGGAACGUCUAAUUAUGAUGCUAUGAGGAAGUAUGCAGCUCAACGAGAGGCAUUCGGGAAGACGAUUGACAGCUACGGCCAGAUACAAGAGUACUUCCAUAAUUUGAAAGAUUAUUAAUCAUGUCUUUUUCGAUCACUGUUUUUUUUUGUUUCUACCAAGAACCCCCGAGCUGCAAGUAGAUCUACUGCUCGCUCUCGCCACUUGCAAACACCUAUUGUUAUUUCUACGCACACGCUUCGUUCACACAGAUGAAUUUGAUGGUAUUACAACUUAUCGAUGGUGUUACAACUUAUCGUGUAAGUGUAUUUACAAGUACAACUCAUCAUGUAUUUCAACAACACACAUUGACAUUCACAUCAGCAUGAUCGCUACGUCGUAUGCCGAGUGGCAAGCCUCGCGAAGCUUCCUGUAUCGAGUCGCCCGCGGCACGGACUUGGAGGCAGCGGGACAGCGGAUUGAUUCAGACGCCAUCAAGCUCGUUGCGACGAAGAUGGCCACGCGAGUGUGCGACCGCGCCAUUCAGGUGCAUGGUUAUGGCCAUGGUUAGUACUUUUUUAUCAAGAAAAAUCGCUACUUGUUACAUCAAUUAUAAUUAUGUCUAUUAAGUACUAGAUUGUACUAGUGUUUGCAUCUUCUUCAACAGCAUUGUUGGUAAAGUAGUACAAGUACUUGAAGCACCAACUGCAACAUUACUGCUUGGCACAUUUGGAUUUGAAGAAAGAAUUCUUCUAACGUAGAGGUUACGGCUACGUUGGAGAGUACGUGGUGGAGAGGCUGUGGCGGGACGCGAAGCUGCUUGAAAUUGGUGGUGGGACCCUCGAAAGCCAUCAGAAGAACAUUGUGCAGGAUUUAGCAAGAUCGAUUGGAGAAGGUGACUUGGCGGACUGA